UGCACAUUGCCAAGGAUCCACAGUGAGAAGAAUAUUUGUGCUGUUGCCCAGCAUCCGCUGACCAUUCCCUGAGAAAGAUGAUCAUUGGGCCACUGCUGAUCUGUUCCUGCCUGACUCUCUCCAUCUCCGUCUUCGCAUCUGGGACUGGGGCUUCCCCGACCACUGUGAACGGAACUCAGGGACAGUCGGUCUCCUUACCUCCUGGGAUCCCAGUCAGACCGGACAUUGCUGAUGUUGAUUGGAAUCGGGUAUCAACCAGAAACACGAUAGUGAAGUACUCAAAGAGGAACGUUACCUACUUCGGUACCAAGGAGUACAAGCGACGGAUAACUCUUCAUCUCGGGAACUUCAGUCUGGAAAUCCAUGAUCUACGGAGAGAGGACUCCGGUGAUUAUGAGGUGAUAUUUACAACAGGUUCAGGAGCUGAAAACAACUCAACAGUGCGACUGGAAGUGUACGAGCCUGUGGCAGGAGCAAACAUCACAGUUCAGAACAAUACUGGAGACUGUAACUUCACCCUGACCUGCUUGGUGACUUCAGGUGACAACACCAGCUUCAGAUGGCUGAGGGGCGGAGCAGCUGUGGUGAACGACAGAACCUAUCACCUCUGGGGACAAGGAGAGACCUUGGAGAUUCAUCACACACCAGAGAGCGAGGACGUUGUGUACAGGUGUGAAGCCAGGAACCCCGUCAGUAUGGACACAGCUCAGAUCCGUUUGCGGGAGAUCUGUAAACCGCACACACCUGAUUCCAGUGAUGUGUCAACUUCCAGUGUUGACCAGACAGAUUCCAGUGAUGUGUCAACUUCCAGUGUUGACCAGACAGAUUCCAGCACUGCCUCAACGUCCAGUAGCGGUCUGACAGGUUCUGUGUCCUCGAGACUGCCUCUGGUGAUCGGAUUGUCCGUACUGGGUGCCCUCCUGAUCUCCUCUCUCAUUGUGUUUCUCUUGGUCACAUGGAGGAGAAGAGCCGCUGGAAAAGAAACGUCUUCAGGCACUGAGGACCCAGCAGCAGAGAACACUGUUUACGCAGAUAUUCAGUGGAAUGCAAAGCGUCGCACCGGCCAGCAGCCCCCCAAGGGGAAUGUGAGGUUUGCUGGUCCUGAGGUUCAUCCCGAGACUCCCCACACUGAGUACGCUGCAGUCAUGUUCCGUGCCCGACCACCACCGGGAUCGGCUGGGGAAGGAGCCCGUAGACAACGUCCCGCAGUCUAGGAUGGACCCUCCCUCCCUUCGCUCCAGCACAAGGAUGACACAGACCCUCGAGGGGAGCCGAGGGUGGGUGGGGAGAUACAGGGGACCCACUGUAUCCCGUGGUUGUGGUUUUGUUGAUGUUGUUUCGUUUGGCAGCUGUUUUUCUCUUCACACGUCUAACUGGUUUCUGCCAAGCCAGUCCUCCAGCUCAUGGCCGCAUCGAUGGACCAUGGCAAAGCCAUCUUGGACCUUGUUGAGAGGACAUGUUGGGACCAGGUGGAGUGUGUCCUGGGUUGUGGUACCACAGGGGCAAGCUGGGGUUUGUCGGAUGCCCCAUCGCUGUAGUGUUUGUGCUGUUUUGGCAUGUCGACUUCUGAGUCUAUUUGCGGCUGCCCAGUAUUUUCAGGUAGCUGCAGUAAAGCCCGGGAGGAGUGAGGUGGGGUCCUCGAUCAGAUCACCACUGGCUGGCAUGUUGGUGUGCCAGUAUCGGUGCCAUAGGAAUCGAGGUUUUCCAAGUUGUAAAAAGGUUUUGGGGAUUUGAGUCGGGAAGUUGAAGGUUGUGGCGGGACUAAUGGGACAACAGUGUGUCUGCACAUUCCUGCUGGAAUUUGUAAGUGUUGAAUAUUAGUUUAUCAGCUUUGAUUGUGAGAUGUGUCUGUAUAAACUCCCCCGUCCGUAAUCCCCAAUGUGUGCCCACUCCUCUGUCCAUAAUCGACCUGUCUGCACCCACAACCCCGUCAGUAAUCGAACCAUCUGCACCCACAACCCCGUCAGUAAUCGACCCGUCUGCACCCACAACCCCGUCAGUAAUCAAGCCAUCUGCACCCACAACCCCGUCAGUAAUUGACCCGUCUGCACCCACAACCCCGUCAGUAAUCGAACCGUCUGCACCCACAACCCCGUCAGUAAUCGAACCAUCUGCACCCACAAACGCGUCAGUAAUCAAACCAUCUGCACCCACAUCCCUGUCAUUAAUCGACCCAUCUGCAUCCACAACCCCAUCAGUAAUCGAACCAUCUGCACACACAAUCUCGUCAGUAAUCGAACCGUCUGCACCCACAAAUGCGUCAGUAAUUGGACCAUCUGCACCCACAACCCCGUCAGUAAUUGAACCGUCUGCACCCACAAACGCGUCAGUAAUCGAACUGUCUGCACUCACAACCCCGUCAGUAAUCAAACCGUCUUUACCUACUUCCAUGAUCUCCCUUGUCUGUAACUCUCCUUGUACAAAAUUGGCCUGUUGACACCCACUUAUCCAGCAGUUCAUAAUUAAUUGAAAAAUUGAGUUUGUCGCCAGUGUCCAUCUUCUCACUGAUACCCCACCUCAAGCAAACAACCCUCCAAACUGGUUCACUCCCAGGAUGUGGAGUUAUGGCUGGAAAAGGUCUCACCUAUGUCUUGUCCAGGUGGAAAAUGGCUUCACGACUGCUCUCAUUAUUUUUUACAAGUGGCACCGAGCUGUGAUGUGGCUGACUCUUUGUGGUUUAGUUUCGCAGGGAUAGCAGGGUGACAGAGUGGGAAGUUUUGGGUUAGAUCAGCUGUAAUGACCUGGGUGAGGGGAGUGAGAGGUCAAGGGCAGUAAGCGAACAGCUAGGGGAAGGAACUGGACAAUCAGUUUGGGAUGCUCCGAGGUCAGAGGCUAGCGAUCCCUGAGAACAAGGGCCAGUGAUUCCUGAGGUCAGUGAAUCCCCAGACAGGUGGCCCAAGGUCUGUCAGCAAGUCCUGAGGUCAGCGGCUCUUGAUCAGUGAGUCCUGGUGUUGAAGCCCAGAGGUCAGAGUCCCCAUGUCUGAGAGUCUGGGGAUGCAGUCUGGAGGUCAGAGUUCCCAUGUCUGAGAGUCUGGUGACACAGUCUGCAGGUCAGAGCCUGAAUGUCUGAGAGUCUGGUGACACAGUCUGCAGGUCAGAGCCUGAAUGUCUGAGAGUCUGGGGGCACAGUCUGGACGUCAGAGCUCCCAUGUCUGAGAGUCUGGGGACACAGUCUGGAGGUCAGAGCCUGAAUGUCUGAAAGUCUGGGGCAAAGUCUGGAGGUCAGAGUUCCCAUGUCUGAGAGUCUGGGGGUACAGUCUGGAGGUCAGAAUUCCAAUGUCUGAGAGUCUGGAGGUCAGAGUUCCCAUGUCUGCGAGUCUGGGGACACAGUCUAGAGGUCAGAGACUGAAUUUCUGAGAGUCUGGGGGCACAGUCUGGAGGUCAGAAUUCCAAUGUCUGAGAGUCUGGAGGUCAGAGUUCCCAUGUCUGCGAGUCUGGGGACACAGUCUAGAGGUCAGAGCCUGAAUUUCUGAGAGUCUGGGGACACAGUCUGGAGGUCAGACCUCCCAUGUCUGAGAGUCUGGAGGUCAGAGGUCCCAUGUCUGAGAGUCUGGGGAUGCCGUCUGGUUGUCAGAGAGUCUAGGAACACAGUCUGGAGGUCUGGGGCCAUGAGCUGGUCUGCCCUGGGAAUGGAGCCCUGUCUGUGUGUCUGAAUGGGGGUUGGGAAGGGGUUUUUGCUGUUUUUCCCAGUUCUGUGCUGGUUACAUGUUGUUCUACAAGACAUCAUGGACAUGCUAUGUUGUCGCCAGAGCUUGUGGUGACCCUUGCUGGCUGCCCUCAGCACAUCCUCACGUUGUGCUGGUUGUUAAUGUAAAUGGUGCAUUUCACUGUAUGUUUCA